AUGAAGUUAUAUACGGUGCUGGUUCUGCUGAUUUUAUUCAGAGCAUAUAAUGCCGGAAAACAAGGAGUUGCAGUCAAAGGAGGAUUACUCUGUAAUGGAAAGCCAUAUCCUAAUGCUAAGAUUCAGAUUUUUGACGUCGAUCGAUGUAAGUUUUCCAAUUAUCUAAUAAGGAAGGGGCCCAACCUGCCCCACUAUGAAUCAGCUCAAUUUUUUGUACAACCAAUAGUACACAUAAAAAAUUUCAGCUCGCGUUUUUGAGUUUUAUCAUUUAAAUAUUUGAAUUUUUCGACGAUUUGGCAGUGUGUUUCAAGCACUUUUAUAUGUUUCCUGAUAAACGAAGCUUACAAGUUUAUAAAACUUUAGGCCCAUUUAAAGGUUUUUUACUAUUAGUUUGCUUCAAAAAAAAUGACCGAUUUUGGCGUACACAUUUUUGCCGCCCCAUAAUUUUCUUGUUUUUUAUUUUUUUUAAAUUUAUUUAUGCUUUUAAAGUUCACAGUUAAAAUCGGUCACUCUUUUUUGGAACAACCUAAGUAAGUAUAUCAAGGAGAAAUGAUUAAAAUUAAAAAAAUGACAAAGUUAUAAGCUUGAAAAACAAUACCAAUUUGGUGAGAAGUUCAAGAGAUAUUUUUUAUGUUCAUUUUUUCGAAAUUGACUGGAAAGCGCGAUUUGGUACUUUUCCGAAGGUCUUACAUUUGCAGGAUCUCUUUAUAUAAAUAGUUUGAAGUCAAUCAGAGCGGGGCAGGUCGGACACCUUUCUUCUAAAAUAAUGGUAGUUGAAGAGCCGUUCUUAUUAAUAAGUACGUUUUUCAAAGCAUAACAACAAUAAAAUUGUGUAGUACCAGGAGACUCUGAUGAAUUGUUGGAUCAAAACAUAUCUGGCAGUAUGGGACGAUUUCUCUUAGAUGGAACAACGAACGAAGUCACAAACAUUGAACCAGAAAUCCGAAUUUAUCACAAAUGUAACUUUGAUGGCGCUAAAGCAAGUUCUUCGUUUUCAGUAUAAUUUUUGUUGUCAAAAUUAACGGCUUUUGUAUCGCAAAUUGACUAUAAGUAGGGGUGAGAAAAGGGCCGGGCCCAUUUUUUAGGCCAGGCCCGAGGCCUGCCCGGUCCGUUUUAAAAAUUUAAAAAUAAAAAAAAAUAAACGGAAAUUUGCUUUGCAUGUUUUUUUCAGAUUAUUUAUGGAUCGUGGUACCCAAUAAAACCAAAAAACAUCAGCGGAAAUUGAAAUAAAAAAAAAUUUUUGGGCUCCGGGCCCAGUUUCUAAGCCCGGCCCAAUUUUAGCUCAAGGCCGGCCCGUUUCUCACCUCACUAUAAAGAGGAAUUGUUUCGACCGAACCGAAUUCAAAACGCAAUUGCACUAUCAAUGUUGUGAUGCACAUGGGAAAAAUAAGUGAUAGAUAAAAAAGAAAAUUUUACCGCCUUUCAGACUUGCCAAAAAAAAUAUGUCCGACCGAUUCCAAGUGAAUAUAUUUAUGGCAUUGAAUCCGAGCGGCGUUUUUAUGAUUUUCGCCAAAUUGAGCUGGCCGUUUUGACCAAACACGACAAAGGAGAGAUUUGUGAUUGA